UGUACAGUCCUAAAUAAAUGCACUGUCACGUUCCUGUUUGGAUACAUUCAAUACAGAGACAUGAACCAGUUUGUCUUUCCACUUCAUAUAAACGUUUUAAUGUAUAUUUUCAAACAACGCGAGACCUGAGCAGUGGACUGGAGUCGUGGUCUGACGUCAUCCGAAAAUGGCUACUUCGUAAAAGGAUUUAUAUAAUACGAACACCCGAUACACACUUUCAACCAAACAUUAACAUUAUUAUAAAGGUUUGACCCCAGCGUGAACCCGGAAGCAGUAAUGUCACAGCUGGCCCACAGCGAGCACCUGUUGGAGCAGCUGCGUUGGCAGCGGGAAAGCAACGUUCUGUGUGACAUUACGGUCGUCGUGGGCGACACGCUGUUCCGAGCGCACCGUAAUGUCCUGGCGGCGUUCAGCGGGUUCUUCUCCGCACUGCCUGACAGAGGUCACCUGGUCACAACCCUUAACCCGGAGUUUGUCAGUGAGCAGGCCCUGAACACCCUGCUGAAAUACAUCUAUUCUGGAGAACUACUCACUGACAGUGAUGGGUCGGAGGCCGUGCUGGGAGCGGCGGUGUUCCUGGGGAUGAGGGAGGCAGAGCGUCACCUGAUAGACAAGUCUGACAGCCAACGGGAGAUGAGGAUAGAGUCAGCCUCACCUACCACCUCCCCCCAUUGCUUAGCUUCACCCCCCAGCCCAGAGUCGUUCAAGCCCUUGUCCUGCGUUUCUGGAGGGGGCUCGGUAGAGAGGGAGGAGGAAGAAGAGCGGGGAGAUCCAGAGUACACCCCUCCCUCCCCAAGCCCCCCAACAUCCCCCCGAAGAGGAGCGAGGAAAAGAAAGGGAAGAAAGCCCAAGGCCACACCUCAAAACCAACCCUUGCCUAGCAACCCAACAUCACCUAGCCAUGACGACACCCAAGAUGACACAACAGUCUCCCAGCCUCAGAGGGGCAGGGGGAGGGGAAGGGGGAGGGGAAGGGGGAGGGGAGGAGGAAUGAGGAGGGAUCUGUCAUUGAAGGUGUCAGACCUUCAGAUCGUUGAGGAGAAUGUGACAGACCUCAGCCCUUCAUCAUUGAAACCUGUCAAGAGGCAAAGGAGGAGCAGUGGAGAGAGGAGAGGAAAGAAGAGAGGCAGAGGCAGAGGAAGAGGGAAACUGAAGGAGAGCAGAUCGAGCGAUGGAGAGGGGGAUGAGUGGAAGGCUGGGUUGAAGAACCAACAGGUGAAAGAGAAGCCAGUGUGUGCUGAGUGUAACAAAGAGUUCUCUGAGAUCAGUAGCCUGAGGAGACACAUGAGGAUCCAUAAAGGAGUGAAACCUUUCCAGUGUCUCUUCUGUUCCAGAGCCUUCACACAGGGAAACCAGCUCAAGACUCACCUCCGUAUACACACAGGAGAGAAGCCGUUUGCAUGUUCUCAGUGUGACAAGGGUUUUGCCCAGAAGUGUCAGUUGGUGGCUCACUGUCGAAUGUACCACGGAGAAGAGAAACCUUACACCUGUGAACAAUGUGGGCUGCAGUUCGCUACCUCAUCUAACUACAAGAUACACUGCAGGAAGCACAGUGGAGAGAAGCCGUAUGUGUGUGAACAGUGUGGGAAGGGUUUUGCCCAGGCCAGCACUCUGACCUAUCACAUGAGGAUCCACACAGGAGAGAAACCUUACCAAUGUGACGAUUGUGGGAUGGCCUUCUCCGUCUCUUCCUCUCUCAUCACACACAAACGCAAACACACAGGUGAAGCUCCACACGAGUGUCUGGUGUGUCAGAAGGCCUUCAUUACCAAACGAGAACUCAACAAACACUCCCGCAUCCACAACGGUGGAGACUCAGCUGUUAAGCAGCGUGUGACAUGUGAGCUGUGUGGAAACACCUACGCUGGCCUGAGCAGCCUGAAGAAACACCAAGAGAGACAACACUUAGUUCCAAUGGCGGUUCCAGAAUGGGUUCUCCUCCACAACAUUCCUAUCGACCACCAGGGGCUAAUCUCCCGCGAUGCGCCCAGCCCCAUGCACGAGGAGCCAGGCAACCCUGACCCCGAGGAGCCAGGCAACCCUGACCCCGAGGAGCCAGGCAACCCUGACCCCGAGGAGCCAGGCAACCCUGACACCGAGGAGCCAGGCAACCCUGACACCGAGGAGCCAGGCAACCCUGACACCGAGGAGCCAGGCAACCCUGACACCGAGGAGCCAGGCAACCCUGACACCGAGGAGCCAGGCAACCCUGACACCGAGGAGCCAGGCAACCCUGACCUCGAGGAGGCAGACAACCCUGAACCAACGACCCCUAACUUGAGCCCAAACCCUCUCAGUGUUCUAGUAGAACAGUUGCGUACAUCUUCCUCCAACUUCUCUUCCUCACUCUCCCACUGUGAUCCAGCCUACCCUGUCGAAGACAUGGAGCAGAUCAUCAUCAUUAGAACUUUGGACAAUGACCCCUGCCCUGACCCCUGACUCAACCACCUCUGACCCCCUCACCCAGAUCCUAACAUAACUCUCUCAGGCUUGGAGUGGAUCCAACCUUUUUGAAUGGAUCAACGGGACCUACAGGAUCCAAUAUGAAUCAGCUGUAGUGUCAGAUAUAGAACUGUGAAUAGUGUGGAUGUUGACAAAUCAUAUAUGUAAUUACAUUUACAUUUUAGUAAGGUAGCAGAUGCUCUCAUCCACAGCGACUUACAGUAGUGAGUGCAUAACUUUUUGUAAUUCACUCCAUCUUUUAAUGAAAUGAACUCAUUCAGAUCUAAACAUUUAUUUGAUUGUAUGUUUGAAAUGUUUAUUACUAGAGAUAAUCACUGAGGACCUACCCACAGAACAGCCAGGCUCACCAUCUCCUGGCUUUGCAUUUCUCUACACAUCCUGAAUCGUCCUCUGUUCAAUGUUCUGGUUUUAAUCCCACGUCUCAGUAACAUGGGGUUUAAUGUCUUAUGGAAUCUAGAGGUAGUAUUGAGAUGGAUAUUUAUGAAAAGUCAAGGUUUUUAAUUCAACAGCUCUUCUUUAUUCACACACCUUGAUUUUUCCCCCCAAAAUUGGUGUUACAAAGUGGGAUUAAAAUUGAUUUAAUUGUAA